AUGACCCGCUGGAUGUCCGAAAGGACGACCGAGGCAGGAUUGGAUCGGAUGGAAUUGGUACCGAUGACGAAUAAAAGAGCCGAUGUUGAUGAUAAUUGGGAUGAGAGAGGAGGUGUCGAUAACAAAGUCAGUGCAGAUAAAUCUGCACGGUACGGAUCGAACCACCGGGGUCCUGAGACGGC